AUGGCCAGAACUCUACAGAUUAUUGCGAAUGAAGGAGGAGAUGCGUUACAUAAUGGAUCACUCACCAAAGAUUUCAUCAAUGAUAUCAAGCAACAUGGAGGCAUAAUGACUGAAGAAGAUAUGCAAAACUAUCAACCUAAAUGGCAAAAACCAGUGCAAGCGAAGUUGUAUCAAAACCACACACUAUAUGCAUCACCACUUCCAGGUAGUGGAAUGAUACUGGCUUUCAUUUUGAACAUCCUCAGUGAUUUUCUAGACCUGAAAAAUCCAAACUCAAUAACAACCAAUCAGAGAAUUGUUGAGAGCUUCAAAUUUGGUUAUGCAAUAAGAACAGAAUUUGGUGAUCCAGAUUACACAGAUUUCACAGGACUCCUAGAGAAUCUCACAUCUGUAGACUAUAUAGAUUCCAUCAGAUCCCGCAUAUUCGAUAAUCAGACAUUCCAGGAUCCUUCUCAUUACGGAGCAAAAAAUGACCUUACUGAGGAUCAUGGCACCUCACACAUAUCAGUACUGUCCCCAGAAGGGGAUGCCGUUUCUGUAACGAGUACGAUCAAUUUCAUGUGA